AUGACAGAUUAUGAGGUAAUUGGAAUUGACCAAUAUGAGGAUCCACUUACGCAUUUUGCUCUGUUUUCAGACUAUGAUCCUACCACUUUUGAAGUGGCUGUUAAAGACUCAAAAUGGCGGAAGGCAAUGGAUGAAGAAAUUGCAGCAAUUAUAAGAAACAAUAUUUGGGAAUUAACUGAGCUUCCAAAAGGGUAUAAGACAAUUGGUGUCAAGUGGAUAUACAAGACAAAAUUGAAUGCGAACGGCGAAGUUGAUAGUUCCAUGUAUGAAAGUUUUAAGAAGUCCAUGAUGGUGGAAUUUAAUAUGACUGAUAUUGGAAUGAUGCAUUAUAUCCUUGGUCUUGAAGUAGCUCAAUCUGCUAGUGGAAUUUUUAUUUCACAAAAGAAGUAUGCUCAAGAGAUUUUGAACAGGUUUCAAAUGAAGAAUUGUAAUUCUGUUAGUAGUCCCACUGAGGUUGGUUUGAAGCUCAUUAAAGAGCCUGGAUAUAGAAGAGUUGAUCGCACUCUUUAA